AUGUUUUCAGGUAAAUGUGAAGACCCACAUAUUGUGUAUUCAAAGGAAAUAGAUGAUGUGACAAUGCCAUGUGAAAAUGUAGUUGCUGAGGACUGCUCUUCUACUACAUGGCUCUAUAGCAGCCCUGGAUCUCAAGACGCUAUUGAAGAAGUCACCCAUGGGAGCAUCAGGUCUGAGAACACAAACAGAGCAGACAGACUGAAGCUAGAGCCUGACUGUUCUCUGAAAAUUAUUAACGUCACCUCUCAGGAUGCGGGAGAGUAUACCUGUCGACAGUUCUUGACUACACAUGGACAACAAGAUGGAGAAGACACUGUUUUUUAUCUUUCUAUACUCACAGUUUCCUCCUCAAUAGCAUCAGAGAUGAAGGCUAACACCACUGUAACCUUCUACUGCCAUUUGACCAUCCAUGACCAUCGCCAGAAUGGACAGGAUGGCACAAAGAUAGUGUGGACUGGCUUUAACCAACGUCGGGUCAAGGACGUGUAUCCAUAUAUUAUCUCAUUCACACGAACAUUGACAAAAGAGGACAAAAAUAGGAAGCUGCAGUGUAAAGUGGAAUCGAAGGGAGAGCUCAAAGCCACUCUGGACUACAUCAUCAAUCUACAAGGUCAAGAUGGCUCUCACCCUGUGGGCUUGAUAGGUGCUGUGGUUGGGGCUGUAGCUGUGGCUCUGUGUGCAUUUCUAGUAUUUCUCUGGAGGAGAAAAAAAGCAACUGCAAUGGCACCAAGUAGUCUGGCAGCCCCCCUGAAGAGUACACAGUGGAGGGCCACGCAUAGACCAAGGCCAGGGAGAGGUGUGGCUGUGUUGGUACGUGGAGGACAGGAGUACGUGGGGUGGCCGUGGGACAAAAGGCCAGAGAUCCUGAAAGCCUUACAAAAGGCGGACAGGGAGAAGUGUUAA